AUGCAAUGCCAGCACUUCGAACGGCUCUGCCUGCUUUGCGCCAAAAGCGACGCUAUCCUGGUCCUUCAGCGUUGCAGCUUCACCGAGCAGGCCAUGGAGCAACCAGACGUAUCUCUUAGUCUUAAGCAGAAGCGUCAAACAUCCUUGCAAGAGGCAUUUCCAGUCAAGAAACCUAGGCGACAGGAGAAGGCAAGCGGUCCAGCUGACAAACAGGGGUUGUAUGAGGCUCAGGCUGAACGAUUACCGUCUGGUGAUGAGGGUGCUCCAACCUUACGUGCAAAUUCGAAUAAAGUUCCCGCUGACAUUGCAGAUACGUUUUACAGGCCUUCACAUGCGACUGCUGGAGCUAUAUCCUCAAUAGCCCUUGACGUUCGAGCCAGCGGACCAGAAGGAACUGCUGCAGUUGGUAUCGGAGGUCUUCAAGGCAAUAAUCUUCAAUCAGAUUAUCCAGCGGAAACUUGUACGCUUGAAGGAGGUGCUGAAGUUAGCAGCAAUGGGACCACCGAGACAGUCCCUGUACAGCAUGAUUGUUCACGACUUCUCAGGAAGGAGAGCUCAUCGCCAGAGGUUCUCUCAAUGAACAGGGCAUGUGGGAGUGCACUGGAAGAGGUAACCCCACCAGAUGCAAUUAUACCUAUUAGGAAUUUUAACACAACUCUUCCCGUGCAGGGACAUAAUGAGACAACAAGAGAACCGCUUAAUCCACUUCAAGAUGCCGCAGCCAUUGUGAAGACUGAAGCUGUCGUUCCAACAUGCGGUACAUUCACCAAGCCUCAUUCUGGACAACAGUGUCAAGUGGAUGUCAGUGAAAGCGGGGAUGCACAAGAUCAGCGUUAUGUUACUCCAAAAGGCGAGCCAGGCGCAGAGAUUGUCAAUGGAAACGGUGGCAGGGCUGGUAGCACAGCUUCCGGUAGCCGACCAUGGAGCAUCAAGAACCAUUCCCCAGGGGAUUCGUUUUGGGAAAAGGCAUUUGCGAUGGUGGAAGCCAAGGCAGGAAUAAAUGAUAAUAAAGAAGGUGCCAGAAUGGCUCCUCCUAUGGCUGCUGAUGGUUCUGGUUUGGACGUUCCGGGAGAAGGCUGUGUUGCAAGGGACCAGCCAGCAGCGAAUGACAAAGGCAGUGCAAGCUGUGGAACGAGAACAAGGGGAGUGUUGGGUGGUUUUGGGAGCCCAAGGUUUCGCCAACGAACGGAAGCCAUACCACCAGCACCAAGGCCUUUGUCUCCGGGAUCCCUGGAUCCUCUUCCAGUUCGAUACCUGGAUUUUAGUGCAGAAAAACCUCCCCGUCCGCUGCCUAAGGGUGCAGCUGCAGCUCGUUCAGGAGAAAACCUCAAAGUGGCGAAGAAACUGGAGCGUGAUAUUGCCCCACAAGAAGAUAAAGGGAAAGCAUUGAUGGAGCAGCCAGUAGAGAAGGUUCUGCUAAAGGGAUCUGGCUCCCCUGGGUCGUCUGCGGCAACGGCUGACCUGCAACUCUCAGCGUGGCUCCCUUCCCCAGCCUGCAAGGCAUAUGCUCGCAAAGGAGUUACCAAGAUGUAUCCGUGGCAGGUGGAGUGCUUGUCAAAAGAACGUGUGCUUCAUGGGCAGAAUCUGGUCUACAGCGCAUCGACAAGUGCUGGGAAGAGUCUUGUUGCAGAGGUGCUGCUGGUGAGAAGGUUGAUUGCGACUGGAAGGAAGGCAUUGCUGGUGUUGCCGUAUGUCUCCAUAUGUGCUGAAAAGGCAGAGCAUAUGGAGGCAGUGUUGGAACCUUUGGGCUAUCGGGUGCGCAAUUUCUUUGGUGCACAGGGAGGAUCAGUACUCCCUCCAGAUACCAAUCUGGCUGUGUGCACUAUUGAGAAGGCAAACGCUCUUGUGAACCGUCUGCUGGAGGAAGGGCGAUUGGGAGAGGUGGCAAUGGUGGUGGUUGACGAGCUUCAUAUGGUUGGGGAUCCUGCAAGGGGCUAUCUGCUUGAGCUGCUCCUGACCAAGCUGCGAUAUGCUGCAGGCCUGGGCUCUUCAUCCGCUGGCAAGAGCUCCCCUCCUGAUGCUGCCAAAGGGGCCACGACAAAGCCUCUUGCAGCUGAUGCUGCUGGUGCUUCAAGACCAGCCAAAGGUGGUGAUCGAGGAAGCCCCUCCACAGGAGCUGGUUGGGGAAGCAGUGGCAAGACGGAGGGGGAAGGGUUGCAGAUUGUGGGGAUGAGUGCAACGAUGCGAAACACUUUUGCCAUUGCGAAGUGGUUGAAUGCUGUGCUCUAUGAGACUGACUUUCGGCCAGUUCCCCUGCAAGAGUUCAUCAAAGUUGGGAACACGAUCUAUGACACCUUCAUGAACCCCUGUCGCACUGUGCCGCCGAAUCCAGAUGACAAAGAUAACCUAGUGUUUUUGUGUAAUGAGGUUCUAAGUGAGGGUCACUCGGUGCUGAUCUUCUGCUCGGGUCGAUCCCACUGUCAAAAGACAGCACUCCAUGUCGCGAAGCUCCUGCCUCCUUUCAGACCUGUCAACCGCGGAUCUGAACCAGAUGACACGAUCUCCACUCCAGAGGAUGUUUUGGAGGCUCUGAAGCGCACUCCUUCUGGUCUUGACCAGGUUCUUGCUCAGUCUAUACCUGCCGGCGUGGCUUAUCACCAUGCUGGCCUAACGACGGAGGAGAGGGAGAUCAUUGAGCACAGCUAUCGUCGUGGCAUUGUGAGAGUGCUCACUGCCACGUCUACGCUAGCAGCAGGUGUUAACCUGCCAGCACGCCGCGUGAUACUGAGGGAGCCAAAGAUGGGCAUGGAUAACCUGGACGCGACACACUACCGGCAGAUGACUGGUAGAGCUGGGAGAGCAGGGAUUGAUGACAAGGGAGAAAGUGUGACCCCGAUCGCCACAAUGAUUGACCCUGACUGGAAGAUAUUCUACCAGGAGUUUCUUCGACUCUCGGAGAUCGACCAAAGGGUUGCCAAAAACGUGGGGGUGACAGAGGCCUUUCUUGCCAGCAAGGCGCAUGGCAGUGCCCGCACCUAUAUGGGGCGCUGCAGUCGGAAGGGAAAGAAUGAAGUAGCAGACUCGCCAAAGGGCAGUGUGCCAAUCAAUAGUGUUUCGGAAACCGAGCGUGUCUGCCGGCGGUUCUUCUCAGCCCUUGUGCUGUCCCAGAUUGUACAGGAGGCGCCUAUUGGAGAAGUGUGUGACAGGUUUGGUGUGAACAGAGGGCAGGUUCAGCAAUUGCAGGAUAAUGCGGGCCGCUUUGCCUCCAUGGUCACCUCAUUCUGCGAGCGCCUGAAGUAUGCAGACAUGCAGGCUCUUCUCUCCAACUUCCAGCAUCGCGUGUACUUUGGUGUGCGCUCAGAGAUUGUGGAGCUCACAGAAAUUCCCUUUGUAAAGGCUGCACGUGCACGUGCCCUGUACAAGGCAGGUCUGCGGACCACAGAGGCUGUGGCCGAGGCCUCUGCUGCUGAGAUCGCCAAAGCUCUCUCUGAUUUCUCAUGGGGAGGCAAGGCUGCAACAGCGCGUGCUCAAGCAAUGAUUGCUGGGAAGAUUCGCAGGGGUGCUCGCAAGGUGCUGUUGGAGAAGGCAGAGGAGGAGCGGAUACAGAUGUUCACAAAGAUGCGAUCACUGGGAAUGAAGAUUCCAGCUGGACUGGAUAAGGCUCUGCACACCUUCGUUUCCCUGGAUGAUUCAUCGGCACCAGCAGCUGCAGCACCUGAAACAGCACAAACAGCAGAUGCAGUGCAAAGCAGGGGUGGACAAGAGGCAGUGGGUGGUGGUGGUGGUGGUGGUGAUGGAGGUGGUGGUGGUGAUGGUGGUGGUGGCGAUGGUGCUGUUGCUGGUGGGGCUGCUGCUCCUGUGAACCGUGCCGAUGAUAAGGAUCCACCAGCAGGUAUAAAGGACUCUCCAGAUGAGACCAUGGAGGACAUUGAAUUCGCUGUGGAUGUGCUUACCCAAGAAGAAGCUCCUGAAGACAGGGAUCAAGUUCAGUCUGGAGAGCAUCAUGCUCCGUCCACUGGCACUUGCAUGCCCAGGGAUGGUCCUGUGGACGUUCACUCACUCCCCGGUGGCGUAUCCCAGUUCAUACGCCAGUGGGAGGAGCAGAGCGAGUACUGUAUAGACCUGCAUACAGCCGGGGAUUACAAAACUGGAUAUGGACAGCGGCCAGUUGAGCUAGAAGGGGUUUCAGUGUGCUGGAAAGGCUCCCCUGUCUUCUACCUGGCUCUGGUGGUUCUUCCUCGGGUUAAUCAGCAAAGAAGGGACUCCAGAGGGGCAACAAGAGUAGAAUCUGAAGAGCUUGUGAGACAAGGAAAGGAGGUACGGGGUGCUGGAGAUGGGGAAGUAGAGGAGGAUAGGGUGGUAUGGUGGCGAUCAGUGGUUGAUCGGUGGAACCAGGUUCGCCAGAUGCUGUCACAGCAGGGACAGAAGAAAGUCUUCUGGGAUGCGAAGGUGGCCUUAAUGGUGCUCUCAUGCCCUGCUGUACGCUGCCCUCCAGAGCUCCUACCCCUCCAGUUGACGGCUUUGGGCCAAGGAGUGCUGGGGCAGGGUGGGGUGAAUGAGCUGCCGAAUGAAUCGGGGGUGCAAAAGCAAGGGGGAUUGUAUGGCAGCUGGGGAGACGGGCAGCUUCGGCUGGAUCAGAUGCAGCAGCAAGGAGGGAAGAGCUGGUUACAGUCGAAAGCAGCACGAGGAGCAGGGGCUGGGGGUGGGAUAGUGCAGGGAGAAGUGAGGCAAGGAUGGGUACUGCAGCCGCUCCCAGCAGCAUAUGUUGCAGGCUCGAUUCUUGAUAUGCGUCUGCUGGCAUGGGCUCUUGAUCCAGAUGGCGAGAGCAACAAGGAGAAGACCAUUGAAGAGGCAGUGGCCAGCACACUCCCUGCAGAAGCAGCAGCCAGGGCACAGCGAGCGGGCAGGUGGCAGGCGCAGCUGGGGCGGGCUGCACGGGAUGGCUGCUGCAGGCGAGCCGCACAAGUGCGGGAGCUCUGUGAUGUGCUGUGGAAGCGCCUCUUCUCCCAGUGCUUGGAGGAGCCUCUCAUGCAGAACGAGAUGCCACUGGUUCCUGUGGUUGCGUCUAUGGAGCUUCUGGGCGUGGGAGUGGACAUGCGUCAGUGCAUGCUCCUGAGGAGAGUCCUGCGGGCCAAGGUGACUGCUCUGGAGGAAGCGGCGCAUGAGAUGGUGGGGCGACCCUUCAUGCUCUCCAACCCCAGCGAGCUCGCCAUUAUACUCUUCAAGACCCUUGCACUUCCAGUUCCCCCCAACUUCGUUGCGAAAGGGCCCAAGUCACAGCCCGGGCCAACAGACAAAGCAGCUCUGGAGUUCCUAAAGCCGAAGCACCCAAUAGCAGCAGUGAUUCAAGACUACCGCUGCAUAGCCAAGCUCUGUGCCACCAUCAACACCCUGUUGCACAGAGUGAAAGACCAUCACAGUCUUUCAAGGGAAUUUCUCAACGACUUGGAAAUGCAGGCUUGUGGAGCGGACCAGAGCAGCAGGGCAGAAACCGAGGGAGGAGGUGGUGAUGUGGAGAUGGGAGGGAAGGAAGGCAAGGGGCGGACAUGCUACACAGUGCAUGGUCGGUGGCUGCAGACGUCAACAGCAACAGGACGCCUUUCCAUGGAAGAACCAAACCUGCAGUGCAUGGAGAAGCCGACAAGCUUCAUUCUGGAUGAGGAUCUUCUUCCUGAGUCUCUCAAGUCGGUACUAGUAGAAACGAGUAUGUGUAGGCAGGAUGCUGCAAACAAGGGUUCGAAGCAAGCUGAGGAGGAGGAGAACGUAGGGAAUGAGGGGAGUGAGGCGAGGUGGUGUGAGGCGGUCGUGGUGGGGCUUGUGGAGGGUGGCAGCAGCAGCGGGGGCAAGCGGCAAGUGCGUUUGGAGAUCAACCCACGUGCAGUCGUCGUCCCAUCACAGCCUUCUCGGCUACUGCUCGUGGCAGAUUAUUCUCAGAUUGAGGUCCGCCUGAUGGCUCAUUUCUCCAAGGAUCCAGCCCUCAUCUCACUCCUCUCUCGCCCCUCGGGAGACCUCUUCCGCACCAUGGCUGCCUGCUGGUCCGGCACUCCCGAGCCUCAAGUCACCAGUGCGGAGCGGGACCGAACCAAGCGCCUGUGCUACGGGCUGCUGUACGGCAUGGGGAACAGUGCGCUGGGUCAGCAGCUUGGGUGCAGCGUGGAAGAGGCUAGAAAAUACAGGAAGCGGUUCUUGCAGUCGUUCCCUGAGGUGGAUAGAUGGCUGGACAGGGCUGUGAAGGAAUGCAGGAGUAAAGGGUAUAUUCAGACACUAUGUGGGAGGAGGCGUUUCUUGGAGAAUAUCAACAAUAGAAGUAGUGCAGACAAGGCCAAGGCACAACGCCAGGCUGUCAACUCCAUCUGCCAGGGAUCGGCAGCAGACCUCAUCAAACUGGCCAUGGUCCGUCUUCAGGCAGCCAUAGCCCCACCUGUUCACACCCAGCCAGCAGCAUCAGCACCACCACCGGAUGCAGCAGCACCAGCAGUUGAUCUUGCAGCUCCUCAAGCCGCAGCUACAACAGCAACCACAACAGCACAGGCUCAACAAGCAUCCACCGGUGGGCUGGCGUUGGCUGUGCUUCCACAUUCAUCAUCCUCGAUUCUCACUUCUCAGCAGCAGUUCUCGCAUGUUCAGUGCCCCUCUGUUCUCCCUCCUGCUGCUGGGGCAUCAUCCCCUGCAGGCCACUGCAGGCUGGUUUUGCAGAUCCAUGAUGAGUUGGUGCUUGAGGUGGAGCGACCCUACCUGCAGUCUGCAAGGGAGCUGCUACAGACAUGCAUGGAGAAUGCCAUGACUCUUGCAGUUCCGUUAUCAGUGAAGCUGCAUGUGGGAACAUCGUGGGGCACACUUGUGCCCAUUGCUGACUGGAAGGAGGCAUGA